CUUAAAAUACUUCGAACAAUGGUGCCUCCCGAAGAAAUCGCCUCUGCUAGUAAUCCCGACAUUGAAGGUGAGAAUAUACUUCAUUUCCUCUGCCGUGAAGGCGAUAUCACUGAUUUGAUGGCUUUCAAGAAUGUAAUCAGCGAUGCCAAUCGACAUCUGGCGCUGCAAUUCAACCGACAUGGAAAACAGUGUGUCCACAUUGUCUCCAACCCAGGCAUUGCUGACCCUCAGGAAAAACUGAAACUUUUGAUGGAGUGGGGUGCUGACAUCAAUGGUCAAGAGCGAGUUUUUGGCAAUACACCACUGCAUAUUGCAGCUUAUACGCAAAACCAUAAGCUCGCAACCUGGCUGUGCAAUCAGCCCGGAAUAAACAUGGGAAUAUAUAACUAUCUAUUCAAGACACCGUAUUAUGUCGCGUGUGAACGUCAUGAUUUAAAGAUAAUGAACAUAUUACGCGCGAAAGGAACACGAUGUGGAGUCUACAGGUGCAGAGAUGCUUGGUUAUUUACCCAAAAAUACUAAGUGCGGUAUGUUUUUUAAAAACAAAUAAAACCUUAUCAGGUGUUGACCAUGUGUUUUUGUAGAUUAACUCUGUAAUGAACGUUAGGUAGAUCAAGCUGUUUUCUUCAUAAACGUUGUUAUAUGACGCAUUGGAAAGUAGUUAAUUAAGCGAUUAAUCUUACCAUCUAUGUUUUCGUUGUUUUUGCUUUAUUUUUAUGGAUCAGUGUCAAAUCUUGG